UUCCUGGCCAGGGAAAUUCUGCCCUCCUGACAUCUUACUUAUAAGCUUGCAUGUUAAACACAACAACAAAGCAAAGUCAGUCUGGUUGUGGACGUUAAUCUUGUUGGAUUUUUGAGCGAUCGAUGAUGUUUUUUCUCUUUUUGAGUACGUUGUUGUUUCUCCGGUCCUCUGCUGAUGGAUCCAUCAAAACAGCUGAGAGUUACUGGACACUUAAACCAAAUGUGCUUGUAGUGAAUGUCGAUGCAAGUGAUGAUGUAAACAUGGUGCCACUUAUCUGUGGAGAAGCCUAUGAAGGAGAAAAUAUUACAUGGACCAGAAACAACGAUGAAAAUCUGGAGGCUCAAGGAAACAGGAUUGUUGUCACAGUGGAGGCCUGGAAGGGGGGCAACUUCUCCUGUUUCAGCAGUGAGGGAUCCUACCUAGACCACACACUGGUGCUGGCUCAGUGGCCCUUCAGGAAGAUUAUCAAGAAUACUCCUGAGAAAGGUUACAUUGAUUGUUCAACAAAUAACUACGGAGGUUCCUUCAAAUGUAAAUGGGAAUGGGGUGAGAACAGGAAUGGCCAUGUUGUUCAUAUCAAAGCCACACGCUCUCAUGGUGGAAGCAACAUCAGCUGCAGUGUGGAUGACAGAGGACAGUCUAUCACAUGUUUAGACCAUGACUACUGUCCAUAUGCAGAGGAGGUGGAGCGCAUCAACCUGACCAUAUACUUUAGAAGCAGCUUUGUUGUUGAAGCCUACAAUACAAAGUUCUACAUCAUGGAUAUUGUGAGGCCUGAUGUUGUGCCUAUUAGUAGGAUCAAUAAAACAUCUGUAGAGGUCACAUAUCCACGAUCCUGGAACGCACCAUCUUCCUACUUCCCUCUCAUGUUCCAAGUGGUUCGCUGUCGGAAACGCGAGAAAUGUGACUGCUCCAAACCGAACUUACAAGAGAUUUUAAUCACACAAAGUCACCAGCUGCCAGUUACAAAAGGGACGUGUGUGUGUGUGAGAGCCAGGGAUGAAUUCUGCAAUUCCUCAUGGAGUGACUGGAGCCAGUACAAAUGCAAAACCAGAGAAAACCGCAAGCAGAGGAACCGAGAACCAAAGUUAAAGAUGCAAUAAUUUAUUAUGCGUCAUUAAAUAAAAAACAAUUGAACCAUUAUGAUGCUUUCUGUUAUGAACAAUGACUUACUCUAUAAGACCUUCUCUGGUCAUAUACCGUGUAAUUAAAUACAAACACAGUAUGUGUUCCUGUAAUAAUGUAUUUAUCUAUACAUUGUAAUAACAUUAUCAUGCUCUUAAAUUAAUUAUUUAUAACUGUAGUACAUUUUAAC